ACAGUGCGGUUUAAACCAUUGACGAAGUGGGUCCGUUUGGCUUUUUAUUGAGUGAAAAAUGUUUUAAAGUUUAUAAAACAACAUUACUCCAAUAGUUUGACAAGAAUGCCAAUUCAGUAGAUUGGUAGCUGCAAACAUGGCUGGUAAACUAUUGGACACCACGGGCCCAGAAAGCGUCGACAUCAAGCAAAAAAUGUCUCCGUUUUUGAGACAGUUCCUAGCAGUUAGCGGUAUAGUGAUGUACAUGAUCGGUACGGGUGCUAACAUCGCAUAUCCUGGAGUACUGCUGGAGCAACUGCGAAAACCAGACUCCGUGCUGCGUCUCACUCCAGAACAUGAGUCCUGGAUUGCAUCAAUCCUGGGCUUAGCGCUGAUAUCCGGGAUCGUCAUGGCGCCUUUUUGUCUUCAGAAAUUAGGCCGUCGUCUCACCAACCAGCUGAGCUGCUUGCCUGCGCUGUGUGGCUGGGCCCUAUUGGUUACUGCUAAAGACCCCGCUGUGAUACUUGUUAGCAGAUCUUUACAGGGUUUCGCAAUGGGACUGCAAGCAGCCGCCGCUCCCGUCUCCAUCGCUGAAUAUUCCGCGCCAAAACACAGAGGAGCUUUUCUAGCAACUAUCGCAUUUUCCUUCGCUACAGGAAUGUUAGUAGCCCACGUCUUUGGUACAUUCCUGUAUUGGAGAACAGCUGCUGUUGGGUGCGGAAGUUUCUACGCCAUAGCUCUAUUAUUGAUCUCUUUAUCACCAGAAACCGCACCAUUCCUGGCAUCUAAAGGCAAAUUUGAAGAAUGCCGAAAAGCAUUCCGUUGGCUCAGAGGUAUCGAUGAAAAUUCCGAAAAGGAAUUAGAAGUCCUACUCGACAGCCAGAAGAAAACCUCAGCACCAUCGAAGAAAUCGAAAAUUAAACUGUUCUUCGAAAUCGUGCGCAAGCCUGAAUUUUAUAAGCCCACUGUGAUAAUGAUGUAUAUGUUUAUAUUGUUCCAAAUAUCUGGUAUGACUGUUGUACCGUCUUAUACAGUACCUAUGAUGGAAGAAGUGACAGCGGGUGCGAUUGAAUCGUGUACUAGCAUGCUGAUGGUGGACAUGGUACGAUUUCUAACGGCCAUUUUAUCAUGUGUCGUUGUGAACAAACUGAACAGAAGAACUGUCCUCUUUUUGGGUGUCUAUAUCAGUGUAAUUGCAUUAUUUACGACAUCCUUGCUUUUAUACUUAAGAGAUUUCGGUUAUAUACCUGAAGAGUACAAAUGGACGCCUGUGAUCCCGACUUUGAUAUACAUUUUUGGAAAGACGUUAGGAAUUUUACCAAUACCUUGGGCAAUCGCUGGCGAAAUCUUUCCCUUAGCUUACAGAUCUCUAGGUAGUGGAAUAUCUGGAAUGUUCCUGUCAAUUAUGUUCUUCGUUGUUGUGAAAACAGCUCCAACAUCAUUCAGACAGAUUGGUGUCAGUGGAACGUUUUGUGUGUACGGGAUAUGUAUUGCUAUUUGCGGCGUUUUCUUAUUUUUCUUAUUGCCAGAAACGAAAGGUAAAACUUUGUAUGAAAUUGAAUGUUAUUUCAAAGGCACGAAAGGUAAUAUUGGUGAAACUGAACCCCACGAAAAGGAUAAAAUGUUGGAACUGGAGAACAUAGAGGGAGGUUGAGAAGGAACACAGGAAUAAAAGGAAACGCUUUUCAGCAUAUAGAGCUGGCCAUGUAGUUAGGAGGAAUUUACGAUUUAAAUGGAUAUGCAUUUAAUGAAUAGUAUUAUUUUGACACAAUAUAUUCUAUUUUUGUGAUAUUUUUUAUACUCAGUAUAAAUAAAACAAUACGAAAUGA